UGAAACCUUAUCUGUUUGAAUGUGGCUUUGGUCCAGUGUGAGUUUGUGAUGUGGCGUGUGUUGAUGUUAAUGAUUUACUGACGGUAACCUCUAAUCCAAUCUCUGCCUGUCAGACUGUGAUCUCCUUGGAUUGGCUCAUUCUGUGACAAGACCAAGGGAAUGACAUUUCGCCGGGACUUUGCUUGUCUUUCCCUCUGAUACUGGAUUUGGAAAUGUACAUAAAGGAACUGAUCUAAUGAGAUGAAGGGAAUUGCUGGAUAAAUCCAAACAUGGCAGCUGUACAUGCAUUCAUUUUGUUUCAUAUUGUCUUCGGUUUUUUACACCAGGGUUUGGGUUUGAUUUCAGACUACAAACUAUGUGGAGACCCUGAAUGUGAAAGCAUGAUAAGCCGGGUGCAGGCACAGAGAGACCAUAGUGCUAAAGACUGCCGCUUUCUAAACUUCAAAAAAGGGGAUAUCAUCACUGUUUACUACAAACUUACUGGAAAAAGAAAUGAUCUCUGGGCAGGAAGUAUAGAAAAGCUGUCUGGAUUGUUCCCAAAAGAUGCCAUCAAAGUUGAUCAACUGUUUGUUGAUGAAAAAAAGGAAAUCCAGGUGCCGACCCAGGAAUAUGACUUCAUCUGCUUUGAUGAUAAUGGUUUAGAGAUUGAGCGUAACACUGAAUUUGAUGAUCUGGAAGAAUUGUCACAAGAAACUGAUCUCAAUGAAGUCCAAGAUAAACCUACUGAAACAGAAGAGAGUGAACCCAGCCAGAUUUCUGUUAAAGAUGUUUCUGAUCAAAACAGCCCCAAGACAACAGAAAAAGGUGGGUCUUCCUGGAUAGGCUCUGCUGUUAGUGGAUGGUUUGGCAGGAAUGAACAAAGCAAUGAUGAACCACAGGAUGAGACCAGUGAAGUAUCUUUCAAAAGCAGAAAAAUUGUGAUGGAUAUUGAGGAGAACCAUGUGGAGGAGAAGACAAACUCUGGAACUUUUGGGUGGAUCAGGGGUGAACUCACCAAUGCUUUUGGGUAUGGAAACAAGGAUCUAAACACUGAUACUCAGGACAAUAUUAAGAACCCAACAAAUGAAGAAGAUACAUCAUCUCAGCAGUCUAGCUCCUGGAUAAGGAUGGGUAGAGAUGUCUUGGACUUUAGUGAUGACAAUUCUGAAGCUGCGACUAAACAUGAAGCUGAGAAAGUAGAUGAAAUCACAAACGUGGAGGAUGAGAGCAUUCUUAACCUGAGUCAGAACAUAGAUGUUGUUGACAACAUACAGAGAGAUGAAAACAACCCAGAUGACAGUGUGGAAAAUAAGGAUGGUCCUUUGGAGGACAGGAGAACAGAAAAUGAAAAAGAAGAGGAGCAGGCGGGGUGGUACGGAAAUAUGUACAACAGAAUCACAAACCUUUACAGAGAAGAGCAAACUAAAGAUGAUGGAGUCAAAGACAGUUUGUUAGAAAGCCCUGGAUCUGCUACAAAUACUGAGAACAUUGAAACCAAAGAUUCAGAACCAAGUUCUCAGUCCAUAUUUUCAGUCAACGGCCUGACAUCAAUGCUUAAGCUUCCUUUUCAGGCAGACACAGUAGCAAAUGGAGAUGAGGAAAAGACAGAAAAGGAAGAAGAUGCAGGUAAGGAAGACAAUGAUGAAAAACAAAAUAAUAAUGAGGAUCAAGAAGAAGAAAUGUUGACUGACAUUGAUGAACGGGACUCAAACCCAACAGACGCUGAUGUACUUAGCGUUGCAUCUGAUAAUGUGAAACAACUAGAUGAAGAAUCUAAUAUGACAAAAGACAGCACAGAUUCACAAAUCCUUGAGAAAAAGUCAGCAGAUAAUUUAACUGAGGAAGUUCAAAGUGAAAACGUUGCUGAUUUUUCUGAGGGAAAGGUGGAGCAAGAUGCGAGAGAUGUGCAAAGUGAUGAGGAAAAGACAGAAAAGGAAGAAGAUCCAGGUAAGGAAGACUUUGAUGAGGAACAAAAUAAUAACAAGGAUCAAGAAGAAAAAGUGUUGAUUGAUAUUUAUGAGCAGGACUCAAACCCAAUAGACACUGAUGUACUUAAGGAAAUUCAGUCAAUGUCUGACAAAACAACGACUUUAAAAGAUAGCUUUGCAUCUGAUAGCAUUGAACAACUAGAUAUAGAAUCUAAUAUGACAGAAGACAGCAUAGAUUCACAAAUCCUUGAAUCCAAGUCAGCAGAUAAUUUAAACGAAGAAAUUAAAAGUGAAAACAAUGCUGAUUUUUCUGAGGGAAAGGUGGAGCAAGAUGCGAGAGAUGUACAAAGUGAUGAGGAAAAGACAGGAAAGGAAGAAGAUCCAGGGAUCGGCGAAGAUGACUGUGUUCAUGAAGCAUGUCUAGAUGUGAAUAAGAAUACAGAAACCUCCACAACAGAGGUUGAAAAUAAUCAAGUUACCGAAGACAAAGCUGAUAUAAACGACUUGGGCAAACCUCAGAAUGAGCCAGUCUCUGAGGAAAAGGACCUUUUAGCAAACAGAGCUAAUGUGGAGGAUGUUCGGACUGAUGAGCAGGAUAUACAAAAGUAUGAGGAUUGGACAUCUUCUGGAACCAAGAAAACUACUUUCCAAAACCACGGUCUUAUCUCUGAGGAGUAUGUUGAAUCACAGAAAGGUGAAGGGCAAUUUCAUCAGAUGGCAGUUUUUGUUGAAGUCACAAUUAAUGAAAUUGCAUCUAUAGUGGACAAGGUUGUGUCAUCACUUCCUGAUGAUAUCCGGCCUGGUCCUGACUUAUAUGGACUGCCAUGGGAAGCUGUGGUUUUCACUGGAUUUUUAGGUUUAUUCACACUGCUUCUGUUCAGCUGCAGGUUCAUUCAUUCUAUCAGAAGUCGACUAUAUGCAAGUAAAGAGAAGCAAAUGGCACAGAAAGUGGCUGAACUGCUUGAUGAAAAGUGCAAAGUGCUGGAGACAUUCAGUGAAGUUAAACAGAAAUUUGACAAACUAGAGUCCACACUACAGAACAAUGGCAUGUCUGCACAAGCUGCAGAAAAAGACAAUUUAGAGGUGGCGUCACAGAAGCUUGAACAAUUAAAUGCAGAGAUGAAAAAAGAAAUAGAGAGGCUGCAAGAAGAGCUGUCCCAACAAAACAAAGCAAGAAAACAGCAAGAGGAUCAGCUUGCUGAACUCGAGAAGAUUUUAAGAAAUUUAGAAGUGGAAGCUAAAGAACGAAAGUCCCAGUUAGAACAGGACAACACAACACUGAAGAUCCAUGAGAUCAACACAGAGCGACUGCAGAAGAACCUGCAGGUGGCCAAAGAAGAGCAUGCAAUGUUGCUCGAGAGUAAAGCACAGCUGGUGCAGGAGGCAGAGGACUGGGGUGAACGUCUCGGUGAGCUGGAGGAGGAGAUGAAAAUGUGUGAAAGAUCUCAUACUGGCAUGCUGGAGGACUGCGCUAAUAAAGAUGAUCGCAUCAAGUCACUGACUGAGUGCCUUUUGAAGAUGCGAGAUUGGGAUUCUGAGGACGAGAGCUGCGUUGACGGCAGCACUAACACAGCUGGAGCUGAGAAUGGAGACAGUUCAGAUUUCCAUCAGAAGCAGAAAGUACAGAAACUUAUUGAAGCGGCCAAGAUGAGUGCAGACUUGAAGUCAAUGGAGGAAGACAAAAACAGAGUGUUCGCUAAACUCGCAGAUGAAAUUAAAGCCAAAGACGAUCUCCAAGAGGGGAUCAAACAGCUUGAGGAGCAGAAGGAGGUGUUGGAAUCAGAGAGUGGCAACUAUGCUAGCGAAAGCCAGAAACUCCAGCAGAAACUCCAGAUCAUGACUGAAAUGUACCAGGAGAAUGAACUCAAACUACACAGGAUGUUGACAGUGGAGGAGAAGGAGCGCUUACAGAAGGAGGAGAAGCUCAACAAGGCAGGCAAGAAGAUCAGUCUUGCUGCAGAGGAGCUCAACACUUACAGACAACGAGCCAAAGACCUAGAGGAAGAACUGGAAAGGACUUCACAGGCCUACAAGAAUCAGAUUAGUUCUCAUGAGAAAAAGGCUCAUGAUAACUGGCUAGCCGCAAGGGCUGCAGAUCGAGACCUAGCUGAUAUCAAGAGAGAAAAUGCUCAUCUCCGCCAGAAGCUGACCGAUGCCCAAUUCAAGUCUGAGAUUCUUGAAAAGGAUGUACGAGAGGGCAGACCUUUAUUUAGAGGUGAAAGAUCUCCAUAUGGACCCUCUCCUCUUAGUCGACCAUCCUCAGAAACACGGGCCUUCUUGUCCCCUCCUACACUAAUGGACGGCCCCCCUCGACUCUCACCGCAGUUUAUGGGUCCAGGCAGAGCAUCCCGUGGCGUGGUAGAGCCCCCUAGUGGUGGGCCAGACUUUGAGCGGAGUGGCCCUCACUCUGAUAGUGGCUCACUGUCUCCCUCCUGGGACAGGGAACGCAGGGGCCCUCCCCCCCCUCCAGGUCACCCUCUCGCAGACCCCGGUUUGCCCUAUAGGAGGCCUCCUCCAGGUCCGUAUCCUAUGGGUCCUUUGCCUCCUAGACCUCCACUUCCUCCUGAGCCAUACUUUGGUGAAAAAUCAGAUUCAUCGUUUCUAAGAAACAGCUCAUCCAUCAGUGAGAAUGAGAGCAGAGAAGGUCCUCACUCAAUGCUUGGUGACAUGAGAUUGCCCCCUGAUCCAGAUUCAAGAAUGGGACCUCCUCCUGGCCCCCUGUUAAUGGGAAUGCCCCCACUGAUGGACCCUAGGGACCCACAUUUCCCACCCAGGGGCCCUUAUGGACAUCCAGAGUUCUUUCCCCCUCGUGGUCCUGGUGGUCCCCCCAUAGGCAUGCGAGGGCCACUUCCCCCAGGAAUGUUUCCCAGAGCUCCAAUGCCGCUCCCUCAACAUAUGGGCUAUCUGCCACAAAGACCUCCAUCUGACAGCUUUCCCCCAGGACCGCCACCCAGACCCUCCCCACCGGGCAGCGAGCAGCCCCCCAACCAGUCGCCCUCUCCUCAUGAUGUCAUCUGAUCUCUCACGCUCUCUUCCUCUCCUGCAAACUGUUUCCGACUUCCUGUUGUUGUGCUCAGGGGGUGUUUCCUUUGAUAUAUAACCGCAGUAGCCUUGUGGUUAUCUCUUACUUCUGUCUUAGGUGAACGCGCAAGCAUGGCAAAGGGUGCAGCACAUGCCACUGGUUAUAAUAUUAUGAAGAGGAAGUUGAUGUCUGUAUUUCAGGUACAGUGUAAGUGUGCAGCCUUUGUGAACCUGUAGGUAAAUUGUAAAAAGUCAAUGAGACUGCCUUUUAACAGGAUUAUAGGUGCUCAGGUUUGUGAUGUUCUGAUGCUUUUUUUUUUUUUUUUUUUUAAUUGAAGGUAGUUAAUAAAAGGUCCUCAUAUUUGUCAAACUGUAUAUAUAGAAAGUAUAUAUUGUGAAUAGGAUGCUGUUGAAACAAGACUUUGGUAACCAUCUUGACAAAUCCAACAACUCCAGCGAACCGUCCAUGUAGCGUAUAUAUUUAUAGUUUCCUCUAAUAACAACUCAUGCCUUAAAAUAGGUGGUCUGAUGAAAUUAUGUACAUUAAUAAUAAAGAUGUCAUUUGAAAAAUAUUGGAUUUUUUGCUGAGACAGUGCUAGUGUGUGAAAAUUAAAAAAAAUUAAAUCAUUUCCAGUAGAGAUGCACAAAUAUUAAAAUUCUGGUUGAUAAUAGUUUGUUAUGCCUGAUAACUGAAUAAAAUGAACAAAUAUUAAAAAACUAAUUUAUCGUUCAAGUGCUUCAAAUGAGUUUAGGCAUCAAAAAAAUAGAGUAGAGUAUUAAAUAAUCUUUGAGUAAUAUGGUGCUCCAGGAAUUACUUAGUUAUGAAAAUAAUUUUGCCUAAGCACAGAAGGUACAUUGUUAUAGUUUUUGGAACAUAUUUUAAGAAGUAACCAAGAACAUGCAUCUCUAAUUUCCAGACCUGGAAAAAAAGCAAGGCCAAGCACUAAAAUCUUUUUAACUCCGUAGAAAUGUAACUUUAAUCAAUUGUAAUCACUGUAGUAAAAAACAAAAAAAACAAACUAUAACCUUCUGGUUAAAAAGAGUGAGAAUCUACUACUUUUCCAAUCGGUCUCGUAUUUUGAAGCAUAAAGGAUAAAAAAAAUAAAUAAAAUAAAGUGCACUGUACAUCACAACGGUAUAAAACAGAGACAACAUUGAUUUUUUUUUUUUAUGCUUUUAUUUUACCGAUUAAAAGAAAAUGCAUUCGUUCAACAUUAAUUCAAAUCAACAUUCGGCUGGUUUACCCAAUAUCUGUCAGUUAAGUUUUUCAAAGGUUUUCCUUCUUUAUCGUGGAAUCUCAAGAUCACUUUUUCUCAUUAAAAUCUUCCCACCUGGCAUGUUCACACCUGUGCCAGAGUACUUCCUGUUUGCAGAUGUACAUAUAAAAUCCAAUGCUAUGUGCUCACCGGAGACAAAAAAGUAGACAGAACACACCUGCCCAAAUAUUAAACAUUUAAGAUGGUAAAACCAUUUUUGCAAAACAACAACGCUUAUAAACUUUUUUCAAUGUUCAUAAAUAGAACCCGGACAUGUGUUGCAUAAAAGUAUAUACGUUGAUAUAUAUAUAUACGCAUAUGCACAUUUGUUAUCUUAUUUAACUCCCCGUUAAGUUUAUAAGGUAGCAGCGUGGUCUUAGCACUGCUGGUGCCCCAUGAUGGCCACUUCUUUAUUGCAAACUGUCCUGAUUUUAAACAAAUGCACAACAUUCGUACCACUUAUAACUGGGGCCUUCUGGCCAGUCUCAUAGAGACCAUGUCUGUAACCCACGGUCGCCCUUGAAACUGAGUUGGCUUCCGAAGAAUCAAGAUCUUAAAACAAUAAUAAUAACAAUAAUAAGGCCAAGUAUCAUUGCAAGUUAGGUUAUUUCCAUUUGAGUGACAGAAAAAGAAAAGAAAAAUCCAAAGAAAAGAAAAACCGAGUUAAGAGCCAUUGGAUCGUAUGCAUUCCGUUUGCAUAGUUUUUGACUUUGCCGUUAACGCAAGCCGACCAGAGAGAGAGAGAAAGAAAGGCCUGCAUUGGACCUGCAGUGGAAACUCGGACUGUUCGUUUUAUACCAAAGGCUGGCGUGAGGUCGAUAAUCGGUAAGGUAGCUGUCAGAAAAAAAGCUGUAAAACACUGACUGUCUCAGAUGGGGUCAUAGCAGCCCUCUUUCUCCUUACUACGAGAUUGUGAAAUGCAUAUAACGUUUCCGAAAGGAAAAAAACAAAAAGAAAACUGGGAUCCAACUGAGUUGUAACAACCGACUGGUCGCAUCGAUCGGGAAUAAAAACCUACACUCGCUCUCAAAUGGCUCAAGAAUUUCAUCGUAGGACCAGUCGAAAGCUGAUGACAGGAUCCCGCCCCUGCCCAAACCGAAACAGAACAGAAUAAAAGAGUAAAAAAAUAAUCAUUUCAUGCAGACAUUUGGCCAUUUUAGUUUGUUUUAACUCCCCAGUGGAAUGUUCCUAACACGUCUCAUAGCAGCUUAUAGGUCUGAUAGAACCAACCUUGAUUUUCAAUAGUUAAAUUACAUUCACUCUUCACAGUGAAACAGGUGCAUUGUAAGAGAGAUCUAACGUAUGUUGACCAAAGCCACAGCACAGCUGUGGACCACUGCCCAAGUCCAACCAUUAGUACAUUUAUCUAAUAGUAGUUGUCGUAAUACGAUAGUAGUAGUAGUAGUAUAUCUCGGCCCAUCAGACAUUGGCCCUGCCCUCUGCCAGCAUGUGGGCACUUCGAAAAAAAAAAGAAAAAAGAAUCGUAUCACCGUUAUCUUUGGCAGAUGAUGCGCUGACAGAAGUUAAAUCCAGUGACUCUGUUGAGAAGAUUCUUCAUUAAUGGAAACUUUCAUGGUGAGAGGCCUGAGCUAUUGGACUCCUUUUUGUUUCCUCCACACGUCUAACAGUAACCCUGAGAAUGGCUGUUUCCUGUUCACUGCUGAGGAAGUGGUACGCUUUGUACUGAACACACACCUCCUUCUCUGAUGGAUGCACUUUUUGAACGUUUACACAACACACUCGCACGCACACAGAGAUUGCAAAGAAAAAAACGAGACGAAAACACUGAUGCUGUCUUUGUAACGCGUCGCAGACUUGGUCGACCGGGAACGUACGGUGACUUGGGUUUGAAAUGAAAGCUAUUCUGGGUUUUAGGCACGGUAUGAAUGCUUCAUCAGUUUGUAACGUGUCGUACGCUGUCGUUCUCUGCCAACUCUAGUCGUUCGGCAAAAUCGAUGCACGACGAACAAGCUCCGAAUUAAGAACACACUUAUUGAAAUUGUUUUUUGGUGCUGUACUAAAUAGAACUUUUUGAAAUGAACUUAAAAAAAAAAAAAAAAAACAGAA